UCUAACUUUGUUUGUAGUAACUUCUAUAUGUAUAUCUUUACACUUAACCCGAAGAAAGAGUACACUGAGAUUGCUCCCUUGAGUAAUUCCCUUGCAUCAGACUCUUCCAAGCCAAAUCCAAUUGCUCAUAUCAUGAAAGGAAGUUGCCAAGAAUGUUCUGACGUCAAAUGGGAAUACUAUCAUGAGAAAUAUGGAAAAUUAUGCUCGAGGUAAGCAAUUUAGUACCGGAAAUUCACCGAAUGAAGCUCGAAAGCUUCUUUGCUGCCAAUUAUGCUAUAACUAUGUCUUAAUUUACUUACUUAUAGUUGCAUUGAGGUAUGAAUUUCUGCUGUAACAGUCUAGACUGAAUAUGAUGGGAAACUGAAAGAAUUUAAGAAUAAACAAAGCUAUAAAGAAAUCGAAGGAAUACUUAGUGGAUAUUUCGAGAAUAUUCAGAAAGAAAUAGAAAAAGCCUGAUUGUAUUAAGAGACUAUCUACUGAAAAUUGGUAUGUUAGAGAAGGAUAUACCAGAAGAGGAAAAAUAUGCCAGAAAUGAGGAAGAAAAGAAAUCUGAACAAAAAGUUGACAAGAAGAUUCUUUAUGAACUUGUCCAAGUAGAAUUCAUAAGCAAGUUGAUCGAUGAAUAUGAGAAUGUCCUCAUUAUGUCAAGAAAUGAUACACUUAUUGGUGACAAAGGAGGUCUUGCUCAAAUAAAAUCAAAAUUAUCAAAGAUAGAAAGCCAUUACAAGUUUAACACGAAGAUUUUACCCAGAAUUUCAUCAUUUAUUCAAAAUUCCACAAUGGAGAAGUUGUAUGAGAUAGUCGUCGGUGAGAUGGGAUUAAAUCAGCACAUUGAGAGAGUUCCAAUAUUCACCCAAUUUGAGAAAUACGAGGAACCAGCAUCGAAAGUAGACCAGAAAGCCUUUUUAAAAAGGAGAAGCACAAAGAGUAACAGUUUCUUUUCGAAAAGAACUGUUUCUCAAAGCUCAUUCAAAAGUACUAGAUCAAACAACUCUGUAGGAGAGUCUUCAGCUGAUUUAUCUUUGAUGAGAUUGUCAGAUUACACCAUGAGUCCAGUGUUGACUUAUGAAACUUUUGCUAAAUAUCUGACUGACUUCACAGGCAAGAACUACACUGAAGAGUGUGAAGAGGCUGAAGAUCCUGAAUUUAUAGUGAGUAAACACUUCUGCUUCAAGAUUAAUUCUAAAGAAGAUCCGAGUCUUAUUCAAAGCUUGAGUCAAUUUAAAAUGCCUGAAAUAAAUUCACUAAGCAUAACUAAUUGUGGUGACUUACUCGAUGAUGUGAGACAUUUGCUCAACACCUCUCUUCCGGAUUCUAUAGAAUCUCUAAACCUUUACUGUAACUCACUUGGAAGUAUGUCAGCUGAUGGUGAAGAGAGCUGAUCAAGCUCUGAGGAUAUCAAAUCUGUAGACCGCUUCAAGCGCUCGGACCCUGAAUGUGAUUUUAUUGAAGAUCUUUGUGAAACUAUCAACAUAAAAGUAGUCAUAAAGAUACAGAUCUCUUGGAUGAACCUUUCCUGUAAGAAGUUUUGUGCCUUAAUCACUGCUGCUGACAAUGUGGAAAUAAUAUGCAUAAAUAACAAUAAUGUUGAGCAGAGUGGAGUAUUUGAGCUUCCUUACAACACUUUUCCAUUCCUCCACAACUUGGAUCUAUCAAACAAUGCCUUAUGUACAUCACACUGAGGAAAUCUGAUCAAAUUUCUUUACCAGAACUUGGUGUUAUUAAAGCAAUUGAACUCAAUUAAUUUGUCAGGAAAUCUUUCCUCUUCCAGAAUGAAGAAACUACAAUAUCCAGACAAGAUAAAGACAAGAGUUGAAGAAGUGAACCCAUACUUAAGAAUAGAAUAGUUUUUUCAAUAUCUUUGC